AGCUGUCAACUAAUUAUAUAGUCCAGUCAGCAGAAUUCUUAUUUGAAAUUUGAAUAGUCUUUUGAAUUCAAACUCAAUACAAAAUGGCUGAUGAAAGGAUCCAGGAUCACCCAUACCACCCCCACCCACUAAUUAAAAAGGACACUAGGCUACUUUACAAAGAAUUUGGCUCAAGAUGGAAGUGUGACAUAUGCCAGCGUUCAUUUGACGGUCGUUCGGACAAUAGUACCCACCAAUACGCCUACCAUUGUACCCAGUGUAAGAGACCGGAUUACUUUGACUGUUGCGAGGAUUGUUUUAGAGGAUAUACUCACUCGUUUCAUACCCACCGGUUGAAACCGGCUCAAUCUAAUGUUUGUCAUUCAAAGACUAAGGGGGUGUGGUCUUGUGAUGCUUGUAGAAGGGUAUUUGGUAUUAGCAAUAAUCAGACCAACUACCACUGUGAAAAAUGUGACGUUGACCUAUGUACCGACUGCUUUAAAGGAAAAUGGCGCCACGCCCUCCAUCAAGACGGUAGCCACACCCUCUACCCCAUAGACCCACGCAUAGAGUAUCGACACUACAAGAGCUGGUCGUGUGAGGCCUGCAAUAAAGAAGGGACUCACGGUGAUAAAUUAUGGUUACUGUACCACUGUAAGCAAUGCGAUGAAGACAUUUGUGAUACUUGUUUUAAAGGGACUAAACACCACCAGCAUCAACACGGGCUGGUAGAGAAAGAGAGAGGGGAAGAUUUUAAAAACUGUUCGGUGUGCUCCUUACAAAUAUACUCCCAGUUUUAUUACUCGUGUCGGUUCCCGAGCUGCCGUUUUUACAUGUGCUCCGAGUGUUUCCAGGCCCCGCCGAAACCACACCCACUCCACCCCGCCCACCCCCUGCACCUUAGCGACCCACUAACAGUCUACCCAGAUGUAGGCGGAGCCUGGCACUGUGAUAAUUGCAAGCGAAGCACGACAAAUCCUUUGGCUAAAAUGCACCACUGUCAAGUAUGUGAAUUCGACUUAUGUGAUAUUUGUUUCAGGACUGACUCGCCCAAAGCCACGCCUACUUUAUGGCCACACCCACCAACAAGUGCCCCGCCUGUCAGCCAACAGCACAAGUUUUUCGCGAGUAAGGAGCAAUAUCAGCGACCGUACGUACGACCUAUUACCCAUUUCAUACCGUCACCUCCGACUUCUAUUCCUGCUCCUAUGCUCUGUCGGAUUUGUGGGUUGGCUACCGCUAGACUCACGCCCACACAUAAUGGACGUGGUCACUCGGAGGCACUGUAUUGUCAAGAAUGUGCAAAGACUGUCCUUGAGGCAGGAGAAACUUGUUAUAAGUGUGGACAAGUACCGGACGGAAUGAAGAUGUUAUGAGAGAGAGAGAGAGAGGGAGAGAGAGAGAGAGAGAGAGAGAGGGAGGGAGAGAG